CGAAGCUGGUUCGAAGCCUCGAAGGCGUCUCGACUCGGAUGAAUGCCAGAUUCAAACACUUUCUGUUUGAUUUCUGAUCUGCUCAUUUCUUCUGCGAUUGAGUUCGUCUACAAUUAUUACGUGGCUCAUUUUUUAGUUCUAGUUUACUCGAUCUCCUUGAACAAGUAGCUAGUUGUUUCAAAUCGAAGGAUUUCUUGCAGACAGGGUUUUUGUGGAGGCACUCCCCUACGCUCGUCACGAUGGUGAAAAUCAGUUUGCAAAUGAAGGCAAACCUUCAGAAUGUUACUGAUAUGAAGGCUUCUGGUGAUGACUUCCGGUGGUAUUUCAAGGUCAAGUGCCUCAGCUGCGGUGAAGUUUCUGAAAACUUCAUCUAUAUUUGUGGCUUGGAAAGAAGCGCAAUGCCGGGCAGUCGUGGAGAUGCUAACCUGAUCAUAAAGUGCAAGCUGUGCUCACGUGUCAACAGUGCAGAUCUUCUUGCAGAUACGAUCAAGGCUUACAAGGCUGGCGGUAGUCAGUUUCAGAGCAUUGUCACGUUUGAAUGUCGAGGACUUGAAAUUGUCGAGUUUUCUCCGAGGAGUGGCUUUGUGUGUGUUGGUGAAGAAUCAGGAACUAAGUUUGAGGAUGUUGAUCUGACAGAAAUGGAGUGGUGCGACUACGACGAGAAGGCCGGGGACUCCGUUGCGAUCGACGAGCUGGAGUUCAAGUUUGUACGGGCAUGAACAUAACUGCUACAAUUGAACUGCCACAUGCAUAGAAAAUCCAUCAAGUGCUGCACGUAGGGCAAGUAUGAUGACUGGUCAGGUGCCAGUGCAAUGUUCGAAGCCGCUUGCAGCGAUGACAUCUAUGCUUGAACCGUGGUCUCCUCAGUCACAUUGACUACAUUAGGCAAUAACUAGGCAUGCCCUGCGACGCUACCUUGCUGUUAAAAUUGCUGUCAAAGCUGAUGCUGAUCCUGUUACUUAGAACGCUGAAUGGGUAUUUUAAAAAGGUGUUGAGCUUGAUUUUUUAACACAUUCACCCCACAUGAAAGAGCUUAUUUUUUGAAUUAAUCCAAAGUUUUUCUCAUUCCCGCUAUGUUGAUUCGAAUCCUUUCAGCGUUUCCUUUAGUUACACCAGUCCUUGCUUUGCCACGUUAGCCUCGGAUACUGCUGGCUUAUCCAACUCCACUGUUGCUGUUUGUGUUUUAUUCUCAAACAGCUGCUUGAUUCAAGCACAACAGUAGGCUUGAUUCUAGUACAGCAGCAGA